AUGUUUUCUGAUUGUCGUUUCCAUGUAAACAGGGCCUACUUCGUGUGGCCCUCUUCACACCGCCGUGCACCGACUCCUGUCUUUGCACACUCAGCCGCAGACAAAGCCUUGCACGCUGUGAUUAACGACACAGGUGUGAAUCGCACCGGGCACGCUCACCACGCCGUCAGAUCAGUCUCCGCUCACGACACGUCCGACAAGCCCUCCAACCCCCCUCGCCAACAACAGCUGAGACCCCCGCCGGCGCGCGCUACUCCUCGUAAAUCACCCCCCUCCCAGGAACAAUGCGUGUGUAAUCUUUGA